GUUGGCAUCAUGGCGAGCACAUGGCACCAGUUUUCAUUUUCGCGAAGCAUGGGACGACGCGAUUGAGCCUUGAACCGACGCGAAUUCCGCACCUGGGCCCGUUCGACUGAUCCACCAAGAUGCCGCUGACUCACCAAUACCUGCGUUUCACUAGCGGGCCCACGUUCGGCGUCCUGGCCAGCGCCGAGGCGAGGGUCGCCUUCGUGCGCUACCAAAACACGGCGUCCCGCUACUACGCCGUGACGGCCUGCGAGAACGUGCUCCUUUGGGACACCAAGACCAAGCAGAAGGUGAAGACCUUCUCGGGCCAGAAGCACUCGUCGACGUGCCUCGCUACGAGCCCCGAUCACCGGCAUGUGGCCGUCGGAUACGCCGACGGCGCGGUGCGCGUGUUCGACGUCUCGGCGGACCACGGAGAACCCGCGAUCACGUUCCAGGGCCACAAGGCGGCCGUGACGAGCCUGGACUUCGACGAAGGGAGGCUCGCCUCGGCGGGAAAAGACGCGGUGAUCAUCCUUUGGGACGUCGUCGGCGAAGCCGGUAUGUUCAGGCUCAAGGGCCACAAGGGAGCGGUGACGCGAUGCCGCUUCAUGCGCCGACGUCCCAACGUGCUAGUCUCCAGCUCCAAGGACACCUUCGUCAAGUUCUGGGACCUGGAGACGCAGCACUGCUUCAAGACGCUCGUCGGCCAUCGCGGCGAGGUGUGGGACUUCUUGCUGGUGCGCUCCGACGGCUGGCUUGUGACGGGCAGCGCUGACAGCGAACUGAGGGUCUGGGCGAUCGCCGACAAGCAGCCGUCGGCGGGACAGGACACCUCGGGAGACACGGCGGAGGCGAAGAAGAGCCGACCGGACGCCGCUGAGGACAUCAUCACGGGGCGUAGCGGUGACGUCGAGGACGACGAAGAGGUGGAAGACGAGGCGGGUUGCCCGCUGACGUGUACCAAGUUCGGCAGCGUCAUGCGGGAAGGCAGAGGCAGGGUGUGCUCCUUGGCCGUGGACUCGUCGGAGAGGGCCAUUCUCUGCCACGGCGUCGAUUCCUUGGUCGAAGUCUUCAAGUUGAAUGAUGAAGCGGAGAUCAAAAUCAAACUUCAGAAGCGACAGCGCAAGCUGCGAAAGCAACGCCUAAAGUUAGCCUCGGAGGAACAGCCGGAAGAGGAGGAGCCAAAAGUCGACGUCACCAUUGCCGACACGGUCGAAAGGUUGCAGACCUUCAAGUGCACCAGCAAGCCCUGCUGCCUCGACAUCUUCUCCGCCAAGAACGGUCUGGCAAAAGCUGCUGUCGGUCUCAAGAACAACCAAGUUGAAUUCUACGUCUUUAACAUGACAGACAAGACUGUCGCGCCCGUGCUGGCCGAGAGCAUUCAACUCGCCGGGCACAGGAGCGAUGUGAGGGCCCUGUCCUUCAGUUCCGACAAUACCGGUAUCCUGUCGGUCAGCGGCGAGACGAUCAAGGUAUGGGGUCGCACCAGUCAGCAGUGCCUGCGAACCAUGGCGUGCGACUACGGACUCUGCUGUUCUUUUCUGCCCGGGGACAGGCACUGCAUCGUGGGCACCAAGACCGGAAAGCUCCAGCUCUUCGACAUCGGAGCCAAGACUCUGAUCGAGGAAGUCGAGGCACACGCCGGUCCUGUCUGGUCCCUGGACAUUUACUCGGACCAUAGAGGCCUCGUUUCGGGUAGUGGUGACAAGACCGUCAAAUUCUGGGACUUCGACCUCAUCAGCAGGGACAGCAACAAGUCCCUGACGCUGGUCCACACGAGAACUCUGGAAAUGGGAGAAGACGUUCUCUGCGUUCGUGUAACCCCCAACGGCAAGCUGCUUGCAGUGUCCCUCAUGGACAGCACCAUUAAAGUUUUCUUCAUGGACACGCUCAAGUUUUUUCUGUCCCUGUACGGACAUAAGUUCCCUGCGCUCUGCAUGGAUGUCAGCUACGACAGCAACCUUUUGGCAACCGGAUCGGCUGAUCGCAGCGUCAAGAUUUGGGGCCUUGACUUUGGCGACUGUCAUCGGUCUAUCCUUGCGCAUGAUGACAGUGUGAUGUGCCUCAGGUUCUUACCCAAGACACACAUGUUUUUCACUGGAGGCAAAGACUCGACCAUCAAGCAGUGGGAUGCAGACAACUUUCAGAAGAUUGUUACCCUCGAGGGCCACCAGGCGGAAGUGUGGGCGCUGGCCAUCAGCCCCGACGGACGGCACGUCGUCACGGCCUCGCACGAUCGGUCCCUACGCCUCUGGCUCAAGACCGAAGAACCCCUUGUACUCGAGGAGGAGCGCGAGAACGAGAGGGAGGCCGAGUUCGAGGCUAACACAAACCUCGAGGAAGCGGUCAUCCCGAGGGAGGGCGGCAAGGACGAGCUGGGACUGGCCGCAAAGAAGACAACCGAGACCGUCAAGAUCGCGGAGCGACUGUUGGAGGCCAUCGACGUCUACAGGGAGCACAAAGAGAAGCUGCGGGAAUACGAAGCUGAGCGGAAGGCGUCGGGGGAACCGGUCGCUCCUCCCGCACCACACCCGCUCAUGACGGUCUACCAGACUACCUGCCCGGAACGGUACAUGCUAGAGACACUCAGGAGGAUACGCUACAGCGAACUUGAAGAAACGCUGCUCGUUCUUCCAUUUGGAUAUGUCGUCGACCUACUCAAGGCACUCGCCGAACUACUGAGUCGCAACUGGGAGGCAGAACUGUGCUGCCGCUGCCUGUUUUUCCUGCUGCGAGUGCACAGCGGACAGAUCGGGGCCACCUCAGCGCUCGUGUCGACAGUGGAUAGGCUGCGGCUUUGCACUCUCAACCACCUGGACCAAGCCAGAGACGAAGUCGGCUUCAACCUGGCUGGCCUUGACUUUCUACAGCGAGAGAUCGACGCGCGGGAAGAAGUGGCGCUCUUUACGGACGCGACGAGAGCGUUCAAGGAGAGGAAAAAGAGGAAGACGAAAAAGGAGCGAGCCAUACUUUCUGUUGUGGCAUCAUGACGAGCUCAUUGUAAUCAAUGUGGGAGUGGCAGACAACAAAUUGUGAUGGACAUUUAUAAAUAUGAGCCACAAAGUGCGAGAAGUAAAACAACGUUUUGAAAACCGGACGUUGGCACUCGUGCACUGCAGUCAUGACAUACUAAGCUGUCGGUGCUUAAACAUCUGUAUCUGCUCUAGUGGACAUUAAAUACCUUUGAGUAUGGAA